UCCUGGAAAGGAAACACACCCAUUUGCAGAAGGAAAAGUGAAAAUGAAACCAACUCUCUCUCCCUGGGGCAGUGGCCAUGGCUGCUUCUGGGAGUCCUGUCGUGGAUCUCUGCGAGGAAGCCACUUGCUCCAUCUGCCUGGAGUAUUUCCAAGAUCCAGUGAUCAUCGCAGAGUGCGGGCACAACUUCUGCCGAUCCUGCCUGACCCAGUAUUGGGGGAAAUCCGAGGGAGAGGCUUCCUGCCCUCUGUGCAGGGAAACGGUGGAGCAAGACAGCAUCAGGCGAAACCUGCAGCUAGCAAAUGUUGUGGAAAUAACUAAGAAAUUCAGCCUUCUGGGCAGAAAAGAGGAGGCCAAAGGAAAGGGGAGAGUUUGUGAGAAGCACCAGGAGCCCCUGAAGCUGUUCUGCAAGGAGGAUGAAGCCCCCAUCUGCCUGGUUUGUGACAAAGCCAAGGAGCACAAAAGCCACGAGGCGGUUCCUAUAGAGGAGGCGUCCCUGGAGUACAAGGAUCAGAUCAGCAGCUGCCUAGACAACGUGAGGAAGGAGAGAAAGAAAAUUCUGAUGUUUAAAGCAGAUGCAGAAAAGGAAAGCCAAGACCUGCUUAAGCAAAUGGAAGCAGAGAAGGGGAAGUUGGUGGCUGAGAUCAGGCGAAUGCACCAGUUUCUGGAAGAACAAGAGAAGCUUCUUCUGGCCCAGAUGGCAGAGGUGGAGAAGGAGAUUGCAAAGAAAAGGGAGGUGCACCUGGCCAGACUCUCCAGGGAACUCUCCGCUUUUGAUAGUGCCAUUCGGGAGAUGGAGAAGAAGCUUCAGGAACCAGCGAGUGAACUCCUGCAGGAUAUCAGAAGCUUCUUGCAGAGGUCUCAGGAGAAGGAGAACUUAGAGGAUCCUCCUGUGGCUUUUCCUCCUGCCCUGAAGUGGAGGAUCUGGGACGUCUGUGAUAUAAAUCUCUUCCUGGAGGGAGUCAUGAAGCAGUUCAGAGACACCCUGAGAUCUGGACUUCAGCAGCAAAAAGAAAACAUAACUUUGGAUCCAGACACAGCACAUCCACGCCUCAUCCUGUCUGAGGAUCGAAAGAGUGUGAGAGAUGGGGAAGUGCGUCAAGACCUGCCAGACAACCCUGAGAGAUUUGACAGAUAUACCUAUGUGCUGGGAUGUGAGGGUUUCACAUCAGGCAGAUAUUUCUGGGAGGUCACUGUGGGAAGAGAGGAGGGGUGGGGGGUGGGGGUGGCCAGAAAGUCUGUGAAGAGGAAGGGUCUUUUCUCUUUUGGUCCUGGGGAAGGCAUCUGGUGUUUGGGGAAGUGGGGCGGUGGGUAUCAGAACUUUGUUCCAAGAGAGGAGCCCAAGUGGAUCCGAGUGACCCUGAACUGUGAAGGGGGACGGGUGUCCUUUUACGAUGCAGACACAGCAGCCCUUCUCCGCUCAUUCCCAGCAGCCUCCUUCUCAGGAGAGACCCUCCAGCCCUUCUUUUAUGUGGCUUCCAAAGGCCACCUGACAAUCUCUGAGUGUAGAGACAGUCUAGCUUCUCGGUUCACUGCUAAGUAUGCUUCUCAGUGCCAGCAAUCCUAAAUCAGCAGAGCGAUGCGCAACAUCAAACCGCUUCAGCAGCUUUGAGCCAGACAACGAAGGCAAUAACUCACUGCCUAAGAGGCAAUUAAGUACAGACAGAAAUAUUUCACUACCGGGUCAUAAAAGCUUAAUGGCUCCCAUUUACAGAGUUUGUCUGACUAAGAGUUUCUUCCUUAGAGUUUUCCGGGCUUUGCUUUUUGCGACCCACAAUGCCCUGCUCUUCCCUCUCUGUCAGCUUGCCAGAUAAAUGCAUACUAAACACACUUUUCAUACAGCUGCUGUAAGAACAGAAGCAGCUCCUCUCACAGAUGCGGCCUUGCCGAAAAAUAAAUAUCCAGCUUUCUGACAGCUUCUAGCAGUUUUCGGAAUCUUCUGGAAUCUUCAAGAUCAUUCAGUUAGCUCUGGAAAGAAUGAAAGCUCACCCUCACCCCAACAACUCAUUGCCAUGAUGACAUUUCAGUCGUCUCAAUCAAAAUCCCUUUCCUUCAAUUUAUGUGGCAAUUCGGCAAAAUCUCUCUAUUCAAAGAGAUCCAAAAUUUGUGCGCGACUCACUUAUGUAUUCGCAGCCUUGGGCACUUUGUUGAAACAAACAAACAAACAAAAAAUAGAAAGAAGGGGGAGACUGCGGGGUGGGACACUGUCAAAAGGGGCUGUGUAACAUGCCUGAACUAAUGUGGAAAUAUGUUUCAUGUGUUAACAUCUUUGAUUUUAUUAAAGAUACUGCUACUA